CGAAGUCGCAGGGUCUGCGGUGGGAAGCGCAGGCCGCAGUGCAUUUCUCUGCCCUUGACAGCCCUUCGCGUCACCAUGGCUGCCCUGGCGGCUCUGCGCGGCGGCGUCCGCCGGCCUCUGCUUCGCGGGCUGCUGCAGGAAGUAAGAUGUCUGGAGCGAAGUUAUGCAUCCAAACCCACUUUGAAUGAAGUGGUUAUAGUAAGCGCUAUACGAACUCCCAUUGGAUCCUUCCUGGGCAGCCUGGCCUCUCAGCCAGCCACCAAGCUUGGUUCUAUUGCAAUUCAGGGAGCAAUUGAAAAGGCAGGGAUCCCAAAGGAAGAAGUGAAGGAAGUCUACAUGGGCAAUGUCAUCCAAGGCGGUGAAGGGCAGGCCCCCACAAGGCAGGCGGCACUGGGUGCAGGUUUACCAAUUUCUACUCCGUGUACCACGGUAAACAAGGUUUGUGCUUCAGGAAUGAAAGCCAUCAUGAUGGCCUCUCAAAAUCUCAUGUGUGGGCAUCAGGAUGUGAUGGUGGCAGGUGGGAUGGAGAGCAUGUCAAAUGUCCCGUAUGUAAUGAGCAGAGGUGCAACCCCGUAUGGUGGGGUCAAACUUGAAGACCUGAUUGUAAAAGACGGGCUAACCGAUGUCUACAAUAAGAUUCAUAUGGGAAACUGUGCUGAGAAUACUGCAAAGAAACUGAAUAUUGCGCGAGGCGAACAGGAUACUUAUGCUAUCAGCUCUUACACCAGAAGUAAAGAAGCAUGGGAUGCAGGGAAGUUUGCAAAUGAAAUUACCCCUGUCACGGUCUCAAUAAAAGGUAAGCCAGAUGUGGUGGUGAAGGAAGACGAAGAGUACAAGCGUGUUGAUUUUAGUAAAGUCCCAAAACUGAAGGCUGUGUUCCAGAAAGAGAAUGGCACAGUAACAGCUGCCAACGCCAGCACACUGAACGACGGAGCAGCUGCUGUGGUUCUCAUGACUGCAGAUGCAGCCCAGAGGCUCAAUGUGAAGCCACUAGCACGAAUUGCAGCAUUUGCUGAUGCUGCUGUAGACCCUAUUGAUUUUCCAGUUGCACCUGCAUAUGCUGUACCCAAGGUUCUUAAAUAUGCAGGAUUGAAAAAGGAAGACAUUGCCAUGUGGGAAGUAAAUGAAGCAUUCAGUGUGGUUGUACUGGCCAACAUUAAAAUGCUGGAGAUUGAUCCCCAAAAAGUGAAUAUCCAUGGGGGAGCUGUUUCUCUGGGCCAUCCAAUCGGGAUGUCUGGAGCCCGGAUUGUUGUUCACUUGGCUCAUGCCUUGAAGCAAGGAGAAUUUGGUCUGGCCAGUAUCUGCAAUGGAGGAGGAGGUGCUUCCGCUGUGCUGAUUGAGAAGCUGUAGACAGCCUGUUUUAGGAGACAGUUCAUGUGAUCAGAAAUCCUGCUGACGUGAAUGUGACUCCCUUGGGCCAGCUUAUGUUCAACAUAAGCUACUUUGUUUUUUAUUAUUUUUUAUUAAAAUUUAAAAAAAUAAUAAUAAUCAUAUCCAAAACCUUUUGAAAGUACAAAUAAAAAUUUUUCCUUUAA